AGUACUAUGCCUGAACACCGGCAGAAGAAGAGAAGGAAGCGGAAGUGAGAACGUGCAUUCGGAGCUUGAAAGUUAUUUACCUACAUUUGUCUAAACUUUCUGUGGGAAAUCGACAUAUUCGUGCCAAUGGAUGAAGCACUUGUUCGAAUCAGGAUUCCUCAAGACCUGGUGAAGCUACUUGGUGUUGAGUCUCAGACCAGCUCUAAAGCGGAGGCCUUCACCCAAUCGUUCCUAAAACACAGCAUUCAGCAAAAUGAACGACAUGAUUUGAAGAACAUGUUGAGCCACAAAGCUGUGGUCCUGGGCUACUCCAGGCCCAAGAAAGACCAGUCAAAGAGGAGUAGUAAAAAAGCCAAAGGAUUGAAUGCUCGUCAGAAGAGGGCGAUGAAGAUCUUCCAGAUCAAGCCUCAGAACCAGAGAUACGAGCUCUUCCUGCCCCUGCAUGAGCUCUGGAGACAGUACAUUAUUGACCUGUGCUGUGGAUUGAAACCAACAAGCAGUCCUCAGUUGGUGCAGCAGAAGCUUCUGAAGGCUGACUUCCAUGGUGCCAUCUUCACAGUGGUCCGGUCUAAAUGUCCAUCAUAUGUGGGGACAACAGGGAUUUUAGUCCAGGAAUUCAAACAUGUCUUCAAAAUGAUCACUAAGGAGAACAGACUGAAAGUGAUCCCUAAGAGGAACAGUGUUUUUGCUGUGGAGAUCAACGGCUUCAUCUCUCACAUCUAUGGAAGUAGGUUUGAGCAGCGAGCCAGCGAGCGCUCCGCCAAGAAGUUUAAAGUGAGAGGAACUCUUGACUUGUGAUGGCACUGAGAGCCAGACGUGCUGUGCUGCAGAGACGACUCUCACUUGGACUGCAUUCUAUUGGCCAUCAAAAGACCCUGAAGAAACAAUAACUAUCCCCCUGUUUAAAGAGAAAUUCUGAAAAUGGUGCACUCUCAAGAUCACUUUAGAAAAGGACCUUACAAACUGGAUGUAUUGAGGUAAAAUACCUGGGCUUUUACUUGCCAGGUAGUUUGCUCCAAAAAAAUGUCAAUUUGCAUUAUCAAAAAAGUGGGAUACAUUUUUUUUUUUAAGACUAAACGUCAGGAUAGCUCUGCCUCUACUGCUUUGAUCGUUAUUGUUUGAAAAGUAGUGUUUUGCAAGCCUUUAUAUCAGACAACAGGAAGUUAUGUAGGUAAUGGAAAAACACAGAGAGGUUUGGGCUGCCGGUUUGUUGUUCGUCAGGUUCUUAUUUAAAAGCAAGGGACUUGUCUGACGGCUGCUUUAUUAAAAUGAAACCUGAUCUAGUUCUAUAA